AAUCGCUCGAGCUGAAAGUCGCCUGCUGCAUUUCGCAGUCACAUCUCGAGGGAAGCGCGUGUGAACGUGAGCCAUCGCGUGUGCCAGAGUGUCCCGGACAGUUGUGACAGCGAUUCAGACGUCGUCCGCGCGGAAUUGACUCGAAAACCAGUGACACUUCUCGAGUGACUCGAUGUCGACGUUCCACAGACCGAAGGUUUACCGCUCGUCGGUCGGAUGCUGCAUCUGCAAGGCCAAGAGCAGCAGCAGCCGCUUCACGGACAGCAAACGGUACGAGGAAGACUUCGUCGAGUGCUUUCUGCUGUCCGAGCAGCGCGGCGGAGAGAUCUGCAACGCGUGCGUCCUGCUGGUAAAGCGAUGGAAGAAGCUGCCGGCGGGCUCCUCGCGCAACUGGAGUCACGUCGUCGACGCCCGCAGCGGCCCCGGCACCAACAAGUCCCUGAACAAGUUCCAUAAGAGGAAGCCCAAGCUGCGGGCCAACCUCGUGCUCAAGUCGACCGCGCCGAAAAAACUGCAAGAUGCCAUCGUCGGCAAGCGAAAGAAGCACACAUAUCGCAAGCAGGAGAAUGUAACCCGGUCGACAAGCCCGGCGAGCGACCGCGAGGAAUCAAUCAACAGCGACCUAGAAGAUGAGGAAAUGGACUCAACACCGUCGUCGCCGCUGUCGAGCAGCGGCGCGGCCAUGAGGGCCUCGUACCCGAUGCUGGACAUGACGUACUGGCGGCGCGAGCAGACGUGCUGCGGCGUCAUCUUCGUCGGCCGGUACGGCGAGUUGAUGGUGGACGCGCGCUACCACAAGCCGUGCCGCGGCGGACGCACCAGCGAGGCCGCAGCGGCGCCAGCGCCGACGGCGGCGGCCGGGGCCGCCCCCAAGUCGCCGCCGCCGGCCGAAGAGGGCGAAGAGACCAAGACCCUGCUCGGCAAGGACGUGGACAGCUCGUCCGACUCGGGCUACGACGACUACUCUAGCAAGGACGCCAAGGCCGUUGUGGCCGAGGCUGCGGCUGCGGCGACAGCGCCAGCGGCGCCAGAACCUGACGGGGCGCCGCCACCGGCCGCCGAUUAAUGACGGCACAUGCGUAACUACCCCCAAUUGAGCGCGGCCUUUGCCGCCGCCUUUCUACUCUUGCGUUCGUCUUCAUUUCUUUAUAUACUAAAACGAGAUACAAAAUAAAACUAGACACACAUCAAUUCACACACUUGUGGUAGAUUUAAAAAAUUAAAAUAAAAAAAAAACACGGGAAAAACUCGCGCAGGAGAUGCCAAGCCCAAAGUUUUUCAAAGCCAGUCCCACCCCCGGCGGCCGGCCCCCGCACGUUUGCUGCAAUACCCCCCAAAAAAACAAAAAUUCUUCGAGACUGUGCGAAACGGCAUGGGCCACGCGAUUUUAUCCAGAAAUCCGCCCGGGCGGAGUAAAAACAACAACAAAAAAAAAAAACCUUCGCAGUAGCCCAAAACGGCGGCUGAUUGUUCUCGAGGAGUGCCCGCGGAAGCGUUUGCCGCGGCAUUUUUGCCGCGGCGUCCGCGCGCGCCUCCCCCAACACGUGCUAAUCAAGUUGAAUGUUACCCAGUGUAUAAUUGCGGGCUGGUGCUACUACGCAAACCAAAUUUGGCCUUCCAGCUGGCAUUUGAAAAACGUCUCCAGGCAUGACACACAAGUACACACGCGUACACACACACACGUACACACACGGCACACAACGCGCUGGGCUGGAUUGAUUGAUUUUACGUAUUAUUUUUAUACUUUGAACACGUGAUAUUAUUAUUUGCAUGGUUUCAACGAAUUUUUAAAUUAGAAUGAUUGCUCGGUUGGCAGAAAACCGCGUUGUUGUUCUUUCGGUGAGGAAGACGGGUCGGUUGGUUUUCAUUGUUAUUAAUUAAGCGAUGAAUUAAUAGUCAAAGCAAACCAAAUUCCCAGGGCUGGAACGCCCGCCGCGAGCCAAGCCCCUUUAUUGAAACGUGCAAUAUUGUCAUUUUGUAUCACAUAAAUAAAUAAAUUAGUAUAUUAUUAUAUAAAUGUAAGGAGAGAACUCGAACGCAACAAAUCAUGGUUAUUCUGUACAUGUCACUCAUUGUCGCUGCGAGAGGAGAUUUUAGAAUCACAAACCCCAAUAAAAGUAACAAACAAACAAACAAACAAACUCACAAACACAAUUUUGAGACAACGCCUGACAAACACAGGACCAAAAUAUCUCAUUUGAACAAGGACUGGAAUACUUUAUUUAAACUUGCUACUAUGUAUGAUUAAAAGAAAAAAUAUUAUAGAGCCAAAAAAGAGUAAAUGCGUGAGAGGCGUUCAGGUCGACGAUGUUUUUGUGUUCUUGCUAGAGACCUUAAACAGUGAUGAGCGCCCUAAGAAAUGCCACCCAACUCAUUUUUGUAUUUUUAUCCUUGUUCUGCUUCCGAUGCGCGUCUCUGCUCGCUAAUUAUAAAAAUUUGAAUAAACCUCGACGCUGAUUAGCCGAAGCAAUGCGCAUGUCAGCUGUGUCAGCCAAUCAGCGUCGAGCAAAUCAACUAUCGAUAGAGACCCCAAUCGGAAGCAGAACAUGGGAGUUAAAAAUGUGUUGUGCUGCUUUUCGGAGAGCGUUGAUCUCUAAUUAACGCCUCUAGUUGUCGCGAUCGUUGUUUAAGAAUAGUAGUACGAUAUUUGUAUAUAUUGCUUUGAUAUCGAUCAAUUUUGGGCCAAACACUAUGACAAAAGUUCCUGACACACGCGUGUCCUCCUACCUGAAAAAUGAGAUGGAUGGAAUUUUGACGUCGUCGAAGCCCAAAGAAAGCAAUUACGCGCCUGGCUGCAAGCACUUCUGGUCCCAAUUUGUUUUUCUGAACAAAUCAAAUUGCGUGAGAAUGCCUCAAUGGCUGACUUCGCCGGGGUGCCUGAUCGCUUCCCGGCCAUUAUAUAGUGUGUGGUACAUUAUCCUUUUUAAUUGUUUGAGUUGUAGCCACGGCAAAAUUGAUGAUCAUGUAAUAAUUGUAUUAGACCAUUUUAAGUGUUGCUUGAAAAAUUCCGAGAAUUUUGUGGAAAAUCUAUCUCUUAUUAUGUAGUAUAUAGUAUCUAUUAACAAAAUCAAACCAGAGCCGCGUGAGUGAAUCUGUAUGUUGCAAAGUUCCGUGGAAAUAAAACUGCGACUAGGAUUUUCAUUGCAUUUUACAACUUUUCUAUAAAGAGUGAACACUCAACACACACACACACAAGAUGAAUCAAUGAAAUUUCUAAACUAGAAUUACAGUAUUGCGACGGGACUUCCAGGAACAUUUUUAAUGAAACUCUGGUGUGAACGUAGUUUGUAAAUGAGUAAUGAAAACAACAAAUAUAGAUACACUGCCUCAAUGAAAAACGUAGCGAGUAAAAUCUUUUAGUAAAGUGUGCAAGAGCAAACGUGUUCUUAAUUUAUUUUCCGACCUCUUCCAAUGAUUCAUUUUAAUUUAUUCCGUCCCUUAAUUUGUAACCCUCUCGCCCGAGGGCCGACCCGCCCGACAAGUGGGUCGCGCCCGAGGGCGCAUUUCGCGCUCGGCCCCUCGGAAAACUGACUGUGAUGCCGAACCCCGCACCGACAUUCUGAUUGUGAGGGGCGCAACGACGCAACCAGCUAUCCCCAAGAAAUACAUUGUAAUAAGAAUUACCAGCAUCAUCCCUCUUCCCUUUAGUAGAAUUAAAAUAGACAAGAGAGAGAGAUAUGUUGUUUCACUAUUUAUUAUUGUUUUUAAUUUUAUUGAGAGAUGGUACUUUAAUAAAUUUUAAGACAUCAAUUGCGUCUGUGUGUGGAUGUAUUUUGUUUUUUCUAGAAUUCAAUAAAAUGUAGUAAACUGUA